AUGGCCUUGCCUUAUAUCUGCCUUCGUUUUGUUCCAAUCGAAAGAGAACAUCUCGACAGCAAAACUAACGUGACGGUUGGAUCAUUUUCUUGGGCGUAUGUACACAUUCUUAUGGGGAAUUUAUGUGACAUUUACCACUUCAGGCUGACAAAGGGGUGCCCAGAAUCCUUUAUCCCCACAUCCCUGCCUCUGGACCCCUCUCUUCCGCGGACACCAUCAGUCGCCAAAAUGAAACUCGGCCGGUUGGGAAAAAUCGCCCUUGUCGUUCUGGUGGUGUUGAUAGCUGUGGCAGCCAUCGGUCUCAUUAUUUACUUUGUGGUCUAUGGGAAGACGCCAUUCUAUUACCACAUCCGCUUUAAAAUCAAUAACGUUGACUACAAUACCAACUUUGAGAAGCUGCACUCCCCAGAGUCCCUAAAACUUGGCGAGAGGAUAGAGUCUUUGGUGAAUGAAAUAUUUAAAAGUUCCAAACUGAGAAGAUUAUAUGUCAACUGCCGUCUUGUCAAAAUCAGCCGGGCCAGUGCCCACGUGAUGGUGUAUGCUGUGCUGAAACUCAAGUCCUGCUACACCAACAGUCAAGUGAUGUUUCGGGAAAGGACGGAAAACAUUUUACUUCAGAAACUGAAAAGUGACAAAGGGUCCUUAUGCAUAGAUCCCUCUUCAUUCCAACUCACAGAUAUUGACAAGGAAGCGGCAGAAAAUCUCCUCAAUAACUGCUGCGGGCGACGGACCGUCAAGCAGUCGACGAUCCUCCCCAUCGGCGACCGGAUCGCUGGAGGCCUGGAUGCCCAGGAGGGAGAGUGGCCAUGGCAGGCCAGCCUGAAACAGAACAACGUCCAUCGCUGCGGGGCCACGCUGAUCAGCAACAGCUGGCUGGUGACUGCCGCGCACUGCUUCCGGAACGCCAACGACCCCCGCCAAUGGACCGUUAGCUUCGGGCACCUCUUAAGCCAUCCGAAAAUGAGACGAAAAAUCAACUACAUCAUCAUCCACGAGAAGUACCACUACCCUGCACAUGACCACGACAUCGCCUUGGUGCACCUCUCCACGCCAGUGCUCUUCUCAAACAUCAUCCGCCGCAUCUGCCUCCCAGAGUCCGGUCAUUACUUCCCGCCCAAUUCAGACGUGAUGGUCACGGGAUGGGGGUCGUCCAGGACAGACGGAGCAAGACCUAACAUUCUCCAGAAAGGAGCAGUGAAAAUCAUCGAUACGGAGACAUGCAAUAGAGAAGAGGUGUACAGUGGCGUCAUCACACCAGGAAUGCUGUGUGCUGGCUACCUGGAAGGCAAUGUAGAUGCCUGUCAGGGCGAUUCCGGAGGGCCAUUGGUUGGCUCUGAUGCUCGAGGCAUGUGGUACCUUGCUGGAAUAGUCAGCUGGGGAGAUGAAUGUGCUCUGCCCAACAAGCCUGGCGUCUACACUCGAGUGACUUACUAUCGCGACUGGAUCAAGUCCAAAACGGGCCUCUAGUACACUUCUUCCUCUGGACGAAAGAAAGGACACUAACGAAUCACGUCGGCUCUUAACUCUCAAUCCACACUUCAUCCCACGCUCCCUUUAUGCCCAUCUGAGAUGGCAAAUUUAAACACAUACAAUGCACGAUCUGAAGAAGGGCCCUCGGCUUAAUUUCAC